ACGCUGCUAAACACUGUUUACAACAAAUCGUCAACAUCUUCGACGCAUUUUCCAUAUUAAAUACUUUGCUUCGUAUUAAAAUGAGUUCCGGGUUUGUUACUGAAUCCGAGGCAGCAGAAACGCGACAGCGUCGUCAGGAAGAAUGGGAACGUGUACGCCAGCCCGAAGAUCCGCUGGAGAGACCAGAGGAACCAUAUGACGGUCGUUCCUUGUACGACCGCCUGAAAGAGCAGAAAACAAAAAAGGAUAUGGAAUUUGAGGAAGCCCACAAAUUGAAGAAUUUGAUACGCGGCUUGGACGAUGACGAAGUGCAGUUCCUGGAGCUGGUCGAUGCUCACAAAAUUAAUGCUGAGCGGCAACAAAUGCAUGACGAGGAACUGGAACUGAGGGACUUUCGCAAUCGCGUUGAAAAACUGCAGGAAGAGAGCAUAGACAAGAAGCUUCAAGCGGAACUAAAGACAACCGCCAAAUCCGUCGGCGCUUCGACCACAGUGCGCAAUACACAAAAGUCUCUACUAGGACAGGGCAUCAAGCGUAAAAAUGGGGAGUUGCCCACAAGCAGCAGCAAGGCUUCGAAAACAAAGCUGAAUACGUCCAUAGAGAAGACGGCAUCCCUAGCUGUUUCUCCACAAUCAAGCAAACACGAUGUGGGCAGCUUAAAGUGCAUUGCUAUAUUGCCUGGCAUUGGUUCCUACACUGAGUCUAGCGAUUCGGAAGGCAGCAGUGACACAGAAGAGCAUGACCACGAUAAGAGUAGCCUGGCCGACCUAUGUGGACGCAAGAUAAUCAAAAAGAAACAAUGCGCCGAGUGAAUAAAUUUCUUUUGUAUUUUGGGGCAACAGCUUGUGGUGGAUUCUUAAUUAUGUUUUGCUGCAGUGAAUUAUAAAAACUAGCGAUAGAAAGAAAUGGCUACGUGUCCUUUUUCUUGUUGCGA